GGAAAAAUGUCGGCAUCUGAAGUUAUUCCAACUCUUCGAAAUCCUGUAGUACAGAAACGAAUGAAAAGUUUAUUUACUUAUAGUUUUUUGAUUUUGCUACUUCCUUUGGGUUCAAUGUUUUUACUUAAAAAUUUUGUGUUUGAAGGAUAUUUUGGAAUGCAAAGUCGUGAUUCUAUGCUUUAUUCAGCAAUUGCAGCUGUUUUAAUGGUACAUGUAGUUUUGGGGUUGUGGAUUCAUGCAGCUUGGGAUGAAGGGAAAGAAUCUGCAGAAUUCGAAAAGGAAGACUAAAAAUUAGUAAAUAGAGGCAAUAAUUAAAUCUCUUGUCACUUGUAAAUAAAAAUUUUAUAUUCACUUUAAUAU